ACUCGACUUCCAACUUAGUCCGGAAGAGUCCGGUACAGCGAUCGCUUCGAGAGAGAGUGAGUUCGAACCCCGCGCCAGCCAAAGACUGUUCGCCGUUCCCGCGACUCUGAUCCACCAGUCGACUUGAGUUUUGUUCGUCCGUCAGUUAUAGUUGUGAAGUGAAAAAUGGUGCAAUUUUGUUGAUUAAAGAUUUUCUAAUGGUUUCCGAGAUGAUACCUUUCUUCUUUUUCUGUUGGUUUGCUGUCGCGAAAGGUUCAAAUGUCUACGCAAAUCUAAACAGUCUGACAGAUCCCUCCUCCAACCAGCAAGGACAAGCACCCAAUUUCGUGACUCCUGGACAAACCUACAGGAUAGCCACAGGAAGUACAGUUGUCCUACCUUGCAGAAUAUCCCAACCAGGUAGCUACGUGCUGGCAUGGAAGAGAGGCAUCGCAGUAUUAACAGCAGGUCCGGUAAAGGUAUCUCCAGAUCCCAGACUACGACUCUUACCCUCACCAUCACGUCCUCCUUCUCUGCCAGGGACGGUACCAGAGCUAAGCGGCAGUGGGUACAGUCUAGAACUCAGAGACGUGAAGCCUCACGAUGCUGGCGAUUACGUUUGUCAAAUUGGCACCUUGGAACCCAAAGAAAUCACCCACACCUUGGAAAUACUCGUACCACCCAGGAUCCACUUUGUGUCCCAUUCCGGCCCUGUGAAAGUACUGCAAGGCGCCACCGUCAAGAUGGAGUGUAGAGCGUCCGGCAACCCUGUACCCACAGUGUCCUGGACCAGAGAGAACGACGCGCUGCCCAGCGGUGAAAAAUCUGUGCUCGGUCUGUCUAUGGUCAUACAACACGCUGAUAGACACUCAGCCGGUACUUAUCAGUGUACUGCUGAUAACGGGGUUGGUCAACCUGACAGCAAAUACAUCACACUUACCGUCAUGUAUGGCCCAGAAGUUGAUCCAGAGCGUGGUACCAUCCAUACUGGGCUUGGUUUGGAAGCGCAACUUGUCUGUAUAGUACACGCUGAGCCUGCUCCUCAGGUAAUCUGGUACAAAGACACUGCCCAACUUGGCACCACUGAGCAACACGCCACUCAUUCCAGAGGAAACAGAUAUACUCUAGUCAUAAGAAACGUUACUAGGUCAGAUUUCGGGAAUUACAGUUGUUCAGCCAGCAAUAUCCAUGGAAAAGGACGCAGCCAGAUCAUCCUUACCGGCGUUGCCGGUUUGGCCGUAUUCGACUCAAGCUCUAUCGGUUCUGAAAAGGACAUCUACAACGUCACGUGGUCGGUCAACAGCCACGCCUUGAUAACAGAAUACCGGGUCUUCUACAGGGUGAAACCGAGGCAUCACAGACCUGGUGCUGAGCACAGGGAGACCUUCAGAACCUUUUUGAACAGCAGCGUGAAGAUGGACUUUUCUAACCAAUGGAAUAGCGUCAUACUGCCUGCCAAUCCUGGGAUAGAUAACCCACCGUAUCCAGGAGUUACCAGGCAGAAGAUGUGGUACUUGAUGAAGCAGCUGCAGCCUGGUACUACUUAUGAGGUUAGGGUUCAGGCUAAGAACGCGCAUGGUUGGAAUAAGAUGUCGCCGAUCUUUCACUUUACAACGAAAUCUAACGAUCACGAAAACAUGGUAGAGCCUUCAGCCCAGCCCGCGGUCUACGGCAUAGGCACCAAAGGGCUGUUUCCCUUCAACCAGGCAUCUCCCAUUCCUACGUUAUCAACCGUCGUUCUGACAACUUUAGCAUACGUUGCGAUCUUCAUCUGAGAGACUCGCCCACAACAGUACAUGAGUGUUUAGAAGAAGAUUGUUCAAGCGCCCCGAGGUUACCAGAAGAUGUGAUUGGAAGUAGUGGAAUUGGUUGUGAUACAGACUGACAUUAAGUGUAUAGCGUCUCAGAGUUAUUUUCGAAGAUAUUCAUCAUUCGCCGACACUAAGUUACCAAACUGCAUGUUGUUGUGUUCAGUUCUUCUGUUGUUCUGUUUUUUACGCUUCAAUGGUUUUUGAACUUUUGUACAUAAAGACUGAGAUAUUUUUAUAUAAGAGUGCAAUGAGAUGAACUCUAUCAAAUUGUCUAUUGGAUACGAAAUGUUCAGUUGAUGAAAUGUAAAUAAAGCUUAAACACCUC